AUGGAGCCUCUGGUCGCUCACCCAUUAAAAUGUUCCGGGCCCAAAGCUAAGAUGUUUGCAGUUUUGUUAUCUAUGAUACUCUGCACAGUGAUGUUAUUUCUUCUACAACUAAAAUUCCUAAAACCUAAAAUUAACAGUUUUUAUGCCUUUGAAGUGAAGGAUACCAAAGGAAGAACGGUUUCUCUGGAAAAGUUUAAAGGCAAAGUUUCCCUAGUCGUCAACGUGGCUAGUAACUGCCAGCUCACCGACAGGAAUUACUUAGCGCUGAAGGAGCUGCACCGAGAGUUUGGGCCCUAUCACUUCAGCGUCCUGGCUUUCCCAUGCAAUCAGUUCGGGCAAGCAGAGCCCCGGAAGAGCCAGGAAGUGGAAUCUUUUGCCAGAAAAAACUAUGGAGUAACAUUCCCCAUCUUCCACAAGAUCAAGAUUCUAGGACCUGAAGCAGAGCCUGCAUUCAGAUUUCUUGUUGACUCUUCAAAGAAGGAACCGAAGUGGAAUUUCUGGAAGUAUCUGGUCAACCCUGAGGGUCAAGUUGUGAAGUUCUGGAGGCCAGAAGAGCCGGUGGACGCCAUCAAGCCUCUCAUCUCACAAAUGGUUGGGCAAAUCAUAAUAAAAAAGAAAGAGGAUCUGUGAAGAGGCCAUGGGGGGAGGGGAUACAGUCCUCAGAGCAGACACAUGGCUCUGUGGCACUGUCCUCAGAUUGAAUACUUUGACAACUAAAUGAGAAUUUUUUAUGCUAGCUUACUAGUCACAGGUAAUGAAUGUGUUCAGGAUGCAGAUGUCACCCAAGGCAAAAAAAAAAAAAAUAGCCAAAGAACCAAAA